UCGCGUACACGGAAGUGCGGCGGGCCCCGCCUCCCGGGGAAGAGGCAAGGGCGCGACGCUUCCGGGAGCCCGGCGGCCGCGGGCACCUCUUAGGGAGUUUCAGGCGUCAAUCCGGAGGCCCCACUCGCCGCGGGGUUUCAUCAUCUGUCCCUUUGGUGACCCUGGGAGUUCCAUCAUGGACCUCUUCUCCACACAUUCUGCCCUGCUGGUUGCACCCUCUCCCAAGGCCUGAAGAACUCACUAUAUGCUGAUGACCAUCACAUCUCUGCAGCCCAGACUUCUCUCUGAGGCUUACACUCCUCUGCCCCCCACCCUGCCCUUUCUCUCGUUUUGGGGUCUCUGUACAUGCUAUUCGGUCUGCUUGGAAAGUUCCCUCCCCAGCCAUCCCAGCUCAUCUGUCUGCAAGCCCUCCCUGCUGAUGCAGCAAGGAUCUUCCUCUGUAAGCCCUCACUGUUGGAGCAAGCUCCAGGUUCCAGUUAGAUGGCUCUGCCAUAUGUCCCCCUCCCCAGUCUUAACUCUUCUCACACCACAGUACAGUUCCACUUCUCUGCCUCUCUCCCAGGAACCUGUAAACUUGAGGUCUAUCUCAAGUUGUUUAUUUGCCUCGUUGAGCACAGCGUCUGCCGUACUGUCUGACGGUACCUGGCGUAUAUUAGACCUUUAGUAAAUAUCAGAUGAGUAUCUAAAAGAAGGAAUGAUUAAUAGUGUUCAUUGUUGCUGAGAAGUCAACUAAGAUAAGCACUAAAAAAUACUGGCACUGGGCACAAGGAGGUUGUCGCUUAAGGCCACAUGAUUUGCCUCAGCCGAGGGCGAUGCAUAGAGAAAUGGAAUGGAACACCCUGGGGGAUUCAAGAGUAGGAACAGCCAGCGCCUUGAAGAGUGUAGCUGUGAAGUGGGAGAUGGGGAGCGGUUAAGUGGAAUGGGGCAAAGUCUUUUGUUUCUGCUGUUGCUAAAUGGGUUGGGGGGGGGGUGGGUAGCACUGAUCACGCCUGAAGUUUCAUGGGAAGGAGCCAUCAAGAGGGAGAGCAGUGGAGAUGGGGACGCUGUUAGCAUGAGGCUCCAGAGGAAGCAGAAGGACGUGGGCUUUGACCCAGAGCACAGUGAGAGGACAAGAGGAUUGCAGAAUGUUCUCCAAAAGAAAAGUGAGGUCAUUCCAGGCAGAGGGAUCAGCAGGAAGGCGUGAAGAGGAGGAAGGAAUGGUGUACUUAACGACUGACCCUUAGAUAGUGGGGUGAGGAAAAUGGACCAGUGCAGUCACAAGUUUGGGCCCAGUCCCAGAGGCAGUGGGGAACCCACCCUCGGUGUUUGCCAUCUUCUGGACCAUCCCCUUGGCCGGCAUUCCGCAGACUGGGAUCGCCAACAGUGUCCAAGGAUGUGAGCGUUUCCACGGCUCCCAGGCUUCUGGGAGAUGUGCAGACAGGGCUUGGUUCGACUCCCGGCAGGGCCAGUCUCCUGCUUGGAACUAAGGGCAGCGGCAAGUGAUGGCUCCCCUCCUUCUCCCAGAGCCCAGAUGCCCGUGCAGCCUCCAGGCAAAGACACAGAAGAGAUGGAAGCAGAGGGUGAUUCAGCCGCUGAGAUGAAUGGGGAGGAGGAAGAGAGCGAGGAGGAACGGAGCGGCAGCCAGACUGAGUCAGAGGAGGAGAGCUCAGAGAUGGACGAUGAGGACUACGAGCGGCGUCGCGGCGAGUGCGUCAACGAGAUGCUGGACCUGGAGAAGCAGUUCUCCGAGCUGAAGGAGAAGUUGUUCAGGGAACGGCUGAGUCAGCUGAGGGUGCGGCUGGAGGAAGUGGGGGCUGAGAGAGCGCCCGAAUACACAGAGCCUCUGGGGGGGCUGCAGCGGAGCCUCAAGAUCCGCAUUCAGGUGGCAGGGAUCUACAAGGGCUUCUGCCUGGACGUGAUCCGGAAUAAGUACGAGUGUGAGCUGCAGGGAGCCAAGCAGCACCUGGAGGGGGAGCUGCAGGAGCGGAUCCAGAGGCUGGAAGAGGACCGCCAGAGCCUGGACAUCAGCUCUGGUGAGGCUGCCCUGGGCCCUGCUCUGUCCGUGCCCACCCCUUGGCGGGGCCUCCGCUGCCCUGCCCGCCCGAGGGGCGUGGAGGAGGACCUGCUUCUUGGGGCCACUGUGGGGACUAAGUGGAACCAGGCACAGAAAGGACCCGGCCGAGUGCCUGGUGUAGAGUGGAGGCUCACAAGGAAUGGGUCUCCGUACCCUCCUCGGCCCCUGCUCUCUUUCCAGAACAGGAGGUGUCAUUCUGACGCACCCGGCCGUACAAUAGCCACAGUCCCUUCGGCGUCCACAGCGCCUGUGUUCGUAUGGGGUCCUAAAGAGGCCAGAAUUGUCAUUGUCCCACUGUUCCCUAAACAAUUGAAGAAACCGGACUCACCAAAGUGCAGCGACCUCUCUCCCUGGCCUGCACAGCUGUGCCAUCUGGGCCUGAGCUCAGCUUCCAAGCCCCGGGCGAGGGUGCCCUCCACCGCCGCGGGAGGCAGAGGAGGGGUCAGGGCCGGCCUGGCUCGCGUGAAAGGCCCAGGCUACAAGGGUAGGGUGCCCCGGGGGCUCCGGCGCCUCGCUCCUAACUCCGGGUCUGGGGGCACAGAGUGGUGGGAUGACAGACUCCAUGCCGGAAGCAGUGCAAAGACUUGGGAUUCUCUGCCGCCCAGCAAGAGGAAGAAGGCGCCUCUCGUUUCUGGUCCUUACAUCGUGUACAUGCUGCAGGAGAUUGACAUCCUGGAGGACUGGACGGCUAUCAAAAAGGCUAGGGCGGCUGUGUCCCCUCAGAAGAGAAAAGCAGAUGGACCUUGACCCUGCUGUUCAGGGCCAAGGGGCCCCCCAGAGCAGCUGGCAGCAACCCCAGGAUUUGCAUUUUCCUGCUGUGGGAAGGCGGACUGACAAACCCCUCAGGGUCUAGCCAGACAGCUCCCUGGUGCUGCUGCUGGGCCUUCCUCUCCAGCCACCACUGGUCUGGACUCCUCUGCCCUCCUCGGAGGCCUGCACAGCUGUGGCCCAGAGCCGCCCUAGCCAGGCAAGACUGUCUCCUCCGUCCCCAGUGAGCCCACCACCUUCCCCUCCCAAAGGUCAGCCUCCUCUGUGCCCUCCCAGACAAAGAAGAUGUGGCUCAUCUUAAGCCAAAGCAACAUCCUCUCUGCUGACCUCGGACCAGUCACUGAGCCAGUGAUCUGGGCCCCACUUCGUGGGAUCUCUGACCUAGGAAUUAUAUUUUGGGGGCCUGUCUCUCCUGGCUGUCGCUAGAGAUGAGAAGGCUCCCCGAGUCUUCUCAAGGAGGUUCUUGGUAUCUGUCUCCCAGAUUUCAGGGACUGGAAUUAAAACCUUUCCUGGGACUCUGCCAUGA